GAUUCGAUGUAUUCCUACAGAUAACGAACAAUUUGAAAAUUUCCGUCUGUAAAACGUGGUGAAUCUUUGCGGUAAAAAACGAUGAAAAAUCUACGCGUCGAUAAAUGAACGCGUGCGUUGCACCGAGUGAGAGCUACAGUUGUAUACCGAAUACACCUAGUAGCAACGUGAACGCGCGAUACGUCUUCCCAAGGAUUUCCGAUUAAUUUUGCCGGCCAAAUUAACGAAAGAUGCUUCAGACGCUUCGUGAACGUUCGCAGAAACGCAAGAAAUUGCUCGCCCAGACGCUAGGUGUUUCGAGCGUAGACGAGUUGCGGCAGAUUCUCGGGACGGAUAUCGACGAUGCGCAAAAGAAAAAGAUGAAAUCUGUAGGGGAAAGGUCCGAGAACGGAGUGAAAGACUCGAAAAGUGAAACAGCUCUGACCGACGAGAUCGUUUACAAAGAUUCCUCGACGUUCCUAAAGGGGACGCAAUCGUCGAAUCCGCACAACGAUUACUGCCAGCAUUUCAUCGACACGGGUCAGCGACCGCAGAAUUUUAUCAGGGACGUAGGCCUGGCGGACAGGUUCGAGGAGUACCCGAAAUUACGGGAGCUGAUCAAGCUGAAGGACGAUUUAAUCGCGGAAACUGCAACGCCUCCCAUGUAUUUGAAAACAAACUUGCUCGCGUACAAUUUGAAAGAGCUGAACUGCAAGUUCGACGUGAUCCUGAUCGAACCCCCGUUGGAGGAGUAUCAACGCACCUGCGGUGCGACAAACGUCCAACUUUGGAAUUGGGAUCAGAUAAUGGAAUUAGAUAUCGGCGAAGUGGCGGCCAAUCGAAGCUUCGUAUUUCUCUGGUGCGGUAGUAGCGACGGAUUAGAUAUGGGACGUUUUUGUCUUCGCAAAUGGGGUUUCAGACGAUGCGAAGACAUAUGCUGGAUUCGCACCAACAUCAAUAAUCCGGGCCACAGUAAAAAUCUAGACAGCAAAGCUGUCCUCCAGAGAACGAAAGAGCAUUGCCUGAUGGGCAUCAAGGGGACCGUUAGACGGUCCACGGACGGAGACUUCAUUCACGCGAACGUCGAUAUCGAUUUGAUCAUAUCGGAGGAGCCCGAGUACGGUUCGAUCGAGAAGCCUGUCGAGAUCUUCCACAUAAUCGAGCACUUCUGCUUAGGCAGGCGAAGGCUGCACUUAUUCGGUCGGGACAGCACCAUUCGACCAGGAUGGCUCACCGUCGGUCCAGAGUUGACCAACACCAAUUUCAACGCCGACCUCUACACCAGCUAUUUCGCCAACGGUCAGAUUACCACCGGCUGCACCGAACGAAUCGAAGCGCUCAGGCCAAAGUCUCCGCCACCGAAGGGGAAAGUGACCGGUCGAGGCAGAGGCGGUUUCAAUCGAGGACGAGGUAGAGGAAGGUAA